AUGUUGAUCGUUUCGGCUUCGAAUGAGCCAAUGCAAGAGCCCACCAAUCUUCUCCAUUUCAACGAACGGGAGUUCAUUUUAUUCGACUUCUGGAAAGUCGGAACGGCCUUUGGUAAGUCAUUUACGAAUAGCAAAAACAAAGUUUGGCCGCUUUAAAAUGUGAGUUUAGGUAUGUUUGGAUCUAUGAUGAUUGUAUUUUUAAUCGCAAUAUUGCACGAAGCCGUUAUCGGUACUCGGGUUUUCGUCCUCCGUGAGAAUAUCCCCUUGUCCACAUACUCUACCGAGCAAUUAUAUGAGAACACAAUCAAUCAAAGGGUCGAGGAGAACGCACCCCGUGGCAUUCGAGGAGUCUUCAGGUACGCAUUUCACUUUAAUAUUAAUUUAUUCCCUCAUUAAUUUGGCUCUUUAAGUGGACUUGGCUCGAUUGUCUUGUUUUUUGUUUGCUGUCAUGAUUAUUUAUUUCAGAAGGAUUUCCAGUGCCUUCACGUGGUUCCGUAUCGGCAACUCGGUUCUCUACGGGGUUCAGUGGAUGUUGAUGGCUCUCCUUAUAUUAUUCAUCACCACUUUCAACAUCUGGAUCAUAAUUGCCGUCCUCUUGGGGAAGAUUGUGGGUCAUUUUAUCUUUCUGGGUUCUGCUCGGGUUUCGGAACAAUCCUUGAUUCUGGAAGGCGGCGUGGUGCGGGAAUCUCCCAUUCCCGAAAGACGCAUUUGUGCAUGA